GCUGGCAUUAGGCACAUGCGGCUUCGCAACAAAAGAUUCUGUCGCUCAUUGGUUAGCGCUUCGCAUGGAGUUGUAACCCGAGCUGCUGCCUCCAAGCCCAUCGCAUGCUGACUGCUGCUGGACCUUGCCAGGAAUUAUUAUAGCCCUACUGGCACCGGGGACUUUUUGCCACUUUCCCUGCCUAGCUUGGGUCAAACUACUUCUGUAUAGAUGGGCUCCAUCCUCAGCAGCGAAGCCAACCGAGAAGCCAAGUCACGGUCUCUGACCGAACAAGAGCCCGACCCAAACUUCGACUGUGCUGUGUGCCUGGAAGUGCUGAACCGGCCGAUGAGGACGCGCUGUGGGCAUGUGUUUUGCCAAACUUGCAUUAAAGCUAGUCUCCGGAAUAAUACAUACGCCUGCCCUUACUGCCGCACUCACCUAUCAUCUGAAGGAACCCUGGCUGUGGAUAUAAUGAAGAAGAUGAAGACUGUGUUUCAGAAUUGUGAAGAAUGUGAGGAGAAGGUGUGCCUGAGUGAUAUGAGGGCUCAUUUAAACAUGUGUGAGCAAUACAUAACAAAAUAUGGUCCCCUGGAGGAACUUGGAAGAACUACGUGCAGAGAUGAAAUGUUUGCAUGCCCAUUUUGCCACCUGGAAUUUGACGAAGAUGGCCUUGUGCAACACUGCUUUACCUACCACAGCACAGAAAGCAGACUGGUGGUGUGCCCAAUUUGUCGCCUGAUGCCUGGAGGAGACUCAAGUUAUACAAUGAGCUUUUUGAGGCAUCUUCAUGCAAGACACUCCAUAUACUAUGAAAAUUACAUAGAUAUAAACAUUGUGGAAGAAGCACUUAUUGAAAGAGUUCUAGAUCUUUCGCUGAUACAUUACAUGAGGCAUACAAACAGAUCCUGAUCUCAGUGGAAUGAUAAACAAGACUCAGUGGACUGAUAUGCUUUAUGCUAAACUGCUUGGCCUGCGUAUCAUUUAUUCUUCUUAUGUGAAUAUUUUUUAUUGGAGAAAAGGCAUAGAACUACAACUUGGCAUUUUUAAACCACUGAAUAUUUAUACUCAGACAAAUGAGGGUUCACUCAACUGACAGGCAACCUGACUUUAAAUAACAAAGUUAGUGCUGACUGAACAUUUGGCAGGCCAUAGCUUUAUUUUAUUACGUGUGUUUUUUUGGCUUCAUUUGUUAGCAUCCUAAAUAUUUGUUGUUCCCAUUUAGUUAACCCAGAUAUCCCUUCACAACACUCUACUACAACAUCCCUUAAUGUCAUUCCUUAUGGGCCUGUAACUGUCACGAAUCGGCCAUGUUGGAUCAGGACUAUUUAAAGUGGCCAUGACCUCUGGAAAGUUUGUCUUGAUGGUUCUGAAAGUCCUGCAAGAAAAUGUGGUGCUGAAAAGCCAGUAAAAGGAGUGAAUCAGGUAUUCCUAGUGCUUAAAAGCGAAAAAUAUAUCCUGUUUUUUAUGACAAAAAGAAGAAAAUCCAAGCAUAGAAAAGUAGCACCAUUUGUAAUAAAAGUGUUGUUUGAUAGGUAAGCAGCAUAAAGGCCAGUCUCACAUAGAAUGCUAAACAGAUAGCUACAUAUACAGCUUUUCAUCACAAAUUUGGGUUGAUUUUGCUUUCCUCUUUGUCGUAUCGAAGUAUCAAAUGAGCAAAUAAGGAAAACCGCUCACUCAUAGAACACAAUGGCACUUGGCGUUUUAUCACUUCUCAGGGAGAACUGUGCCAGCUACUUAGCAGCAUAUUCCCCUUCAGCUGACUGGGAACCAUUCUGCCUACAGAGCAUGUGUAGCACCAUCCAUCAGCUAUGACCGUAUUGCAUAUGAUCUCCUACACAUUAUCCAUAAGUGAUAUAUGAAUGGUUAAAAAUAAUAGAUGAUUCGCUUCCAUUGCUGUUUUCAGCCUGUGCCUCAUGCAGGAUAUCAUAAGAUUGGAUGCUAGAAUUGCAGGAGGCAUGCAGGCCUAAAGAUACAUCUUGGGGAGUAUUUAUUAACAUUGAAGACAAACACUACAUUGUUGUUGCUGAUAACAACCAACCAGGAAUUAGAAAACAAAGAUCUUAUUGGUUGCCAUGGGUGACAUCACUGGUGAUGUUUGUCUCCAGUGUUAAUAAAAACAACCCAUUUUGUAUGGUUUCAGCUGGUCGUUUUUUGGUUGUAUAGCAAGAAAUUAUCUCAGCUCUGUACAGGUACUGUAAUGGUCUGCCCUUUAUUUGGAGCUAUUGCUUAGUUUGACAUUAUGAUCCAUUACAAAGAAAGUUGCUUUCUUGCCCCAUACAGUGAGACUGUUGCACAGAGGGAACUGAACAUUUGUCACUUAGUACAGUACUGGGACGGAACCUGCUGUAAGUGUAAUUGGCAUCAGGAUAGCUCUUAUAAAGGCUGGAGUAACCCAGACCCCAUAGCACUUUCAUAGAAAUCAUGAUACCUAUAAACCUUUCUUUUUUUUUGUAAAGGUAUUUACUGCAUACCAAGUUCCAGUUAAUUUCUGUGUGUACACUUUCUGUGGAUCAGAUAGUGUACGUUUAUCCCUAUGUACUGGUACACACACACAUGCAGAGUUGUGAAAAACAGAAUUCAUGCACUGAUGAACACAGUUGCUGCCUUUAAUGCAUAUAUGACUGCAUGCACACUGUAUAUAUGAGCAGUACUGGGAUUAGACUUGGCAUGACCAAGAGACUUACAAGAGAUUCCAUUGCAUCUCUUCCCAGUGUGUCUCACAGAAUGAAAUUGGGUCAGGUUUGUUAUUCAGGGUCAGAUGGAAUUGCAGCAUUCCCCAGAUGUGUCACUGCCAUUGUUGGGAGCAAGUGGUCCAAUAACCAUUACCACUUGCCUGAGCCCAUCAUAACCAGAUCUUAAAUCUGAAGUUACAUUUGGUAGGUUGUGGGGGGGUUAGUAAGGUGGCGAAAAGUAAAACUGGAAUAAGAAUGGUUAACGGAGUCAAACUCCACAAAAACAGCACAUUAAGAAACUUAAAUUCCCAAAAUCUGCACUCUAGCUUAACAAAUUUCUGUAUGCUUUGGAGUUAAACUGACAGAUAUACAUGUACACAGUACUUGGCUUCUGCUGUAUAUUGACAAUCAUUUAGGGGGAGAUUUAUCAAUGUUUGAGAUUGAUUUUUUUUCAUGAUUCAAGUUUUUGUGCUCUAGAAAACUUGAAUGUGAAUUAUGUUUCAAAAACUUGAAUGCCUGGAAUUUAUUAAGUGCAAAAAACUGGCAUGUAAACAUUCGACAUAUGAAAGCUUGGGUGUUUCUAAAGAAGCCAAUGGGAGUUGUACUAGGCAAAGUCAAGCCGUGUAAACUCAAAAAAGUUUUUUACUUUGAACAAGUAUUCCUUAUAAAUAAGCAAGCAUUCAACAUGCAAGUUUAUUUGAUUAAAAUAAACAAACUCAAAGUCACAAACUCACAAUUGAAAAAGCCCGUUUAUAUGAUCCUUCCCUCCUGACAAUACCUUGACUUACAGAAAUAAUGUUAUUUUACAGUUUUUUGUUUAUUUUUAAUUUUACUAAAAAAUGUGUUCCUGUAAUACUUAGUUUUCUGUUUUAUGUACAUGGUGAGAGCAUAACUGUGCAAUUACUGCAACAAGUGUGAAAUUAGAACUCACUACAGAAAACCUCACUUUCUAUUCAUUCCUAUGGGAUUUUUAAAUGAGUUGAAAGUGAGUUUUUCUGUAGUGAGCUCUAAUGUCACACUUUGAUAAUUCUGCCCCCAAAUGUGUAUGAUUCAUAGAGCAAGCCUGGGACUGCACACAGAGGUUGGUCCAGUGUCCUGGACAGUCCGUUUUUUUUUAAUGGGCUGUCUGGGUCAAAACCUUCAGAAUUUUAAAAACCCAGCUGAAACCCUUGGAAUUGUGUUUUUCCAAACGCAAUAAACCUGACCCUGAGGUCAUCACACAUCACGUUGGCGGUUUGUGUGAUGAUGUUAGCGACGCCCGGCACUGACGUCAUCAUGCGCAUCUGAGUUUAAAGCCCGGCAAAGGUGGCAGCUGUAUACAGAGGACAUUUGCCCUGGCCAGAAACUUUUCUUAAUAAAAGUACACAAUACAUUUUAUUUUUCCUGUUUGUCAGGGAAAGGCAGUCUGUGCCAGUUGAGCUGUGCUUGGCGGAUACUAGAGUAAAAAUUCAGCAACUGCUGAAUGAAAAAUGCCAUUUAGAUGGGGUCUUUGUUAGAGGCCUCUUUGUUUUGGGCCCCUGUUGACUAACUCUGCCUCUAAUUUAUACAGUAUGACUAUGUAAAUAAAAUAUGUGUUUGGAUAAUAAGUAAUUGUUUUUCCAAUAACUAUUAAAGUAUUACCCUUGAACUUAGAGUUCUUGAUAUUUUUUGUAUUGUACUUGAAUAUUUUUACAGUGGGAAUUCCAUAUUCCAAAUGCUAAACAUGUUUUGACACAAUAAAAAGGUUUUUACCUUAGGA